UUUAAUUUUCAUCGCAAAUCGAAACCCAAACAAACAAGUUGCUCUUGCCUGUUGAGACUUAAGUGUAGUUUGUAGAAAUUUCUGUGAGGGGCGAGCGCUCGUAAUCGUCAUUCCGCAUUCGUCGCUAACUUCGUACCAGUUUUGAGCAAGACUUUAACGCGAUAAAACGUGUGUUAUUUUUCUGGUGCUAAAUAAGUUUAUGCAACAUGAAUCGUGCCACAAAUAGAUCGUGUAUUUUUAUAGUGCUUUUACUUCUUUGUGUUACGCAACAGAUAACUUCGAAACGAACUUUCGGUGGUGGUAGUAGACAUAGUUAUCCAUCAUCUGGUGGCCUGUCGGGGAGUGGAGGUCGCCAUUCCUAUCCUAGCUCUGGAGGACUUUCUGGCACUGGAGGGAGUCACGGCUAUCCAUCUGGUGGCAGCCACGGGUAUCCGUCUUCCGGUGGACUCUCUGGUACCGGCCACAGUCGACCUUCUGGCAACGCUUACCCGUCGAAUACGCAAUCUCACGGGUACCCGUCAAACACGCAAUCUCACGGGUACCCGUCAAACACGCAAUCUCACGGCUACCCGUCAAGUACUGGAAUGUCAGGAAACUCCAGACCAAGUGGAGGCCACACAACUAAUAUUCACUACCACUACAACUACAAUCCACCGCAGCAAAUAAGGUACGCCCCAGUUCAUGGUGGCGCUCCAAUUAAUUACCCGGUGUAUCACGGAACCCCUCCGACUUAUGUGUACAAGUACCAAGAUUCAGGCAGCAAAUACGGUACUCUGCUAGCUGGUCUGGCUCUCCUGAAUUUGGGAACCCUGGCUGGAACCGCUUAUGCUCUUAAUAGAGGACACUCGAACAGCUACAAACCUGCACCAGGUGAAGUAUGUAAGUUUGGACUGAAGAAAGAGAAUGGAGAUUACGAGGAAACGAGGAUAGAUUGUGAAAUAAUUUCAAGCUUUAUUUACACGGAGCAGGCAAAGGCUAACAAUGUAAGCAACACAAAUACUGUUGUGACGACAACAGUGACAAAUGUGACGACAAUUAAUUCUCCACAUAACGAGACAGCUCCAGCUGCGGCAGGUCCUGUUGUGUACGAGAUGUAUCCAAAUGGAACUUUGGUGCCAAGGAACGAAACCACGAACAAUACGGCCACUGCUGCAAACAACACUGAUAAUACAAUGGCAUCAUCAGUGACAGUUACAACAACAAACACUACAACAGUGACGAAUGCUCUUGAUGUUAAAGGUAAACCUGUUGAUGUGACACCAGGUAUGCAAUGUUAUGUGAUCAGACACACUCCGUCUAGUCACAUGAAGAAAACCGUGCCGUGUGGUCUUUUACAAACAUACGCUACAACAUCAUUAAAAAAGAAUUCUGCUUCCCGAAAUGUUCCUAUAUUCACAAUUUUAACUGUUGUUUUGUCUAUCUUUGUAGCGAACUAAAAUUUUAUUUAUUACAAAA